CCCGUCCAAUGCUGAGCUCAGUCUGCGUCUCGUCCUUCCGCGGGCGCCAGGGGGCCAGCAAGCAGCAGCCGGCGCCACCGCCGCAGCCGCCCGAGUCCCCGCCGCCGCCACCGCUGCCGCCGCAGCAGCAGCAGCCUGCGCAGCCCGGCCCCGCCGCGUCCCCGGCGGGCCCCCCGGCACCCCGCGGGCCCGGGGGCCGGCGCGCCGAGCCAUGCCCCGGGCUGCCGGCGGCGGCCAUGGGGCGGCACGGCGGCGGCGGUGGCGACAGCGGCAAGAUCGUGAUCAACGUGGGCGGCGUGCGCCAUGAGACGUACCGCUCGACGCUGCGCACCCUGCCGGGGACGCGGCUGGCUGGCCUGACGGAGCCCGAGGCGGCGGCACGCUUCGACUACGACCCGGGCGCCGACGAGUUCUUCUUUGACCGGCACCCGGGAGUCUUCGCGUACGUGCUCAACUACUACCGCACCGGCAAGCUGCACUGCCCGGCCGACGUGUGCGGGCCCCUGUUUGAGGAGGAGCUCGGCUUCUGGGGCAUCGACGAGACCGACGUGGAGGCCUGCUGCUGGAUGACCUACCGGCAGCAUCGCGACGCUGAGGAGGCGCUCGACUCCUUCGAGGCGCCCGACCCCGCGGGCGCCGCCAACGCCGCCAACGCCGCCAACGCCGCAGGCGCCCACGACGGAGGCCUGGACGACGAGGCGGGCGCGGGCGGCGGCGGCCUGGACGGAGCGGGCGGCGAGCUCAAGCGCCUCUGCUUCCAGGACGCGGGCGGCGGCGCCGGGGGGCCGCCAGGGGGCGCGGGCGGCGCGGGCGGCACAUGGUGGCGCCGCUGGCAGCCCCGCGUGUGGGCGCUCUUCGAGGACCCCUACUCGUCGCGGGCUGCCAGGUAUGUGGCCUUCGCCUCCCUCUUCUUCAUCCUCAUCUCCAUCACCACCUUCUGCCUGGAAACCCAUGAGGGCUUCAUCCAUAUUAGCAACAAGACGGUGACCCAGGCCUCCCCGAUCCCCGGGGCACCUCCGGAGAACAUCACCAACGUGGAGGUGGAGACGGAGCCCUUCCUGACCUACGUGGAGGGGGUGUGCGUGGUCUGGUUCACCUUCGAGUUCCUCAUGCGCAUCACCUUCUGCCCAGACAAGGUGGAGUUUCUUAAAAGCAGCCUCAACAUCAUCGACUGUGUGGCCAUCCUGCCCUUCUAUCUCGAGGUGGGCCUCUCGGGCCUCAGCUCCAAGGCUGCCAAAGACGUGCUGGGCUUCCUGCGGGUGGUCCGCUUCGUCCGCAUCCUGCGCAUCUUCAAGCUGACCCGGCACUUCGUGGGGCUGCGCGUGCUGGGACACACGCUCCGCGCCAGCACCAACGAGUUCCUGCUGCUCAUCAUCUUCCUGGCCCUGGGGGUGCUUAUCUUCGCCACCAUGAUUUACUACGCUGAGCGCAUUGGCGCCGACCCCGAUGACAUCCUGGGCUCCAACCACACCUACUUCAAGAACAUCCCCAUUGGCUUCUGGUGGGCCGUGGUCACCAUGACGACCCUGGGCUAUGGAGACAUGUACCCCAAGACGUGGUCGGGGAUGCUGGUCGGGGCGCUGUGUGCCCUGGCGGGGGUGCUGACCAUCGCCAUGCCCGUGCCCGUCAUUGUCAACAACUUUGGCAUGUACUAUUCGCUGGCCAUGGCCAAGCAGAAGCUGCCCAAGAAGAAGAACAAACACAUCCCCCGGCCCCCGCAACCGGGCUCGCCCAACUACUGCAAGCCUGACCCACCCCCGCCGCCCCCGCCCCACCCGCACCACGGCAGCGGGGGCAUCAGCCCGCCGCCACCCAUCACCCCACCCUCCAUGGGGGUGACUGUGGCCGGGGCCUACCCAGCGGGGCCCCACACGCACCCCGGGCUGCUCAGGGGGGGAGCGGGUGGGCUGGGGAUCAUGGGGCUGCCUCCUCUGCCAGCCCCCGGCGAGCCUUGCCCGUUGGCUCAGGAGGAGGUGAUUGAGAUCAACCGGGCAGAUCCUCGCCCCAAUGGGGAUCCGGCAGCAGCUGCGCUUGCCCACGAGGACUGCCCAGCCAUUGACCAGCCCGCCAUGUCCCCGGAAGACAAGAGCCCCAUCACGCCUGGAAGCCGUGGCCGCUAUAGCCGGGACCGAGCCUGCUUCCUCCUCACCGACUAUGCCCCUUCCCCUGAUGGCUCCAUCCGAAAAGCUCUUGUCACCGCCUGAGACCUCGCGAGACUUUCGGUCCCCCCCUGCCCCUUCCCCCCAGGUUACGAGAAAUCCCGCAGCCUCAGCAGCAUCGCGGGCCUGAGCGGGGUGUCCCUGCGCCUCGCGCCCCUUGCCACCCCCCCUGGCUCUCCCCGGGCCGCCCGCCGCGCUCCCCCGACCCUGCCCUCCAUCCUUUAGCGCUCCCCUCCCCCCUGUGGGGGGACUCGGGGGUGACCGGGAAGAAGGUCAAAGGAGCUGGGGGUGGGGGGUGGGGAAAAGGGUUUUUUAAAAAAAAAUCAAAAAGUCAUUAAUAAUAUGCAACCGAGAUGACGAUGCCAGCAGACACCCCCGGGCCCCUCACCCCCAACCUGGGCCCCCAGGAUGGAGAGAGGGGCCACAGCCCAUCCCCCCAACUCUUCCCUCCCCAAAAAAAGCCUUCUCAGGUCUCCACGAGCCAUAGGACAUCCCCCUGCCAUCAACUUGUGUAAAUAAGUCCAAAUUAUGCCAGUUACAUCUUGGGGCACCUCCCCCCACACACUGCAUGCCUUCCCUAACCUGGAGCCCCCACUCCAAGUCCACCUCAGCAAUAAGCCGCCAGGGGCCGCAUGCGCGGGUUUGAGGGGCUGGCACCUCCCGGGGGUGGGGCUGGCCUUUAAGGUCUCCAGCCUUCCCAUCCUUCACCCCAGGAGGACAACCAACCCUGUGCGUUGAUUAGGAGAAAACAAACCAGAAACUAGAAACAGUGUAGGGGAAGGAGGAACAGUUACCCAAGCCCCAAAUCGGAGUUGAGCUCAGGUGGCGGGAGGGCGGGGCCGAGUUGAGCUCAGGUGGUGGGAGGGCGGGGCGGGCUUUGGACCUGCUCCCUCAGCCUUUAGGAGAAUUCCUCCGGUGAAUUUCACCCUCUCAUCCGCCCCUUCCCCCAGGGACCUGCUCGCCUCUAUUCUUGCUGCAUGGACUCAGACCUCCUAUCCCAGAAUUCCUGGGAUGAUCUGGCCCUAGCACACGAAAUUCCCCAACUAUCUCCCUCCAUUCCCACGACAUGAGACCUGCACCCAGAAUUCUGAGACUGACCCUGGCACGCCACAUCUCCCAAUCCCCACACACUCCUGCGACUUAACCUCUGCACACAGAGGCUCCCUGAACCACCCUCCCUCCCCACUCCUGCCACCCCAAACACCCCCACCAAAUUCCCUGAACUGCAUCCCAGCACUUCUCAAACCUCCAAGACUUGACCCAGCUCUUUUCAGCUCAAAUUCAGCCUUUGGGAUGCUCCAAAUCCUUCCCACAACUGACAUUUCUUGGACACCCCCAAAGCCUCAGGCCUGUUCCGCACCCAUAUCCCCAAAGCCCUAACAGACUUGUCCAGCCCAGGUUCCCUUGAUGCUAGAACUUCCAAGAUAGGCGCAACCUGUCUGCAAUUCCAGGGAACCAGACCCUCCCCAAGCACCCUCUUUGUCUUACGCCUAACCCUGAGUCCCUUCCCUGAGAUGGUGCCCCAAAGGUACCCUCUUCACAGACACCAGUGUUUCCCAGAGGGUUGCAUUUGUACCUUUGGUGGUGUGCUAAGGUUUGAGGCAGUAUGAGGACAAACACUUGUUUUAAAAGUUUUGUCUCUAAUACCCAUUUUGUACAGAAGCCGGUAAGUGCAGGCAUCGCUGCUUGGCUAGGACACGGUUUAUUUAGGUUAAGAGUGUUUCCAUUUAAAGUAGUCCACAGAUGAUCACAGAGGCUGUUCCCGAAGGGAGGAACACUGGAGUAUCAGAAGAUUGGGAACCGACAACACCCAGUUCGGCUGGGAUCCCAGCCCCCCUUCCCCAGCGGUCCUCACCGCGUCACGCUCGCGGGUGGAAAAUCAUUUCCCACCUCCUAUCCUGGCUCAAGGAUGCGCUACCUCCCCCAAGCCCAGAGACCACACCGGUCCCAGACUCUUUAGCGGACUCCCCUUUUGGAGCCGGGGUCCCACGGAAUUAGCCACCUCCCUCCCUCUGCUCCCACGGCCUCAGGAACCCCCCACCCGAGGGUGGAUGGGGGGCGUCACUGAGCACGAUUCUCGAUGCAACGAUUCCUAUGCAAGGGGCAUUUUGAGUCCCCCCCAUCCUUCCCUCGGACCCUAAACCCUGGUGAAUCAGGGGUGAGGGGUGGGGCGGGUUUUGGUGGGGGCGGGGCAAAGGGCUAGGGGCUCCAGACACCAGGGUACGGGGUGGGGACUGAUUAUAUUGCCAAAGGGUUCAACUUAACAAGCCCCCCCGUUUCCCCUGACCUUCACGAAAGCCGAAGGAGGCGGGGAAAGGGGGUGAGGGUCUUUUCCAAAGGGUACUGACCUCUUCCCAACGUCUCCCCCUGCUCGCCAAUCCGCCACACGUACCCAGCUUUUUAGUUCAGCUUUUCAAAAUAACCACAAUCAUGAUAAACUUCUACAAAACGUGAUUCUCCUCCCCUCCCACCCCAUCCCCCAAGUCAAUAGUGUGGGAUUCGGGGAGGGAGAGAGCGAGCUAAAGGGACUCUUUCCAAGUCCGGCUCCCCCUUUUCCCCCCGGCCGCCAGGGUGCCUGCACCUACACGCAUGCGCUGCAUGACGCGCCCCCCACACGCAUGUCGCACCCCUCCUGCGCUCCGGGAACGCACGGACACGGGCCAGGGGGCGGGGCGAUUGGGGAGGAAUGAAUGGCGGGGGGGGUCUUCCUGAGCUCCGCGGCUCACCCUCCCCAACACACACACACACACACACACACACACACACACACACAGCAAUAAGUUUCUCUCACUCAAAUGUGGGCGGGGCGGGCCUAGCCUGUCGCUGGUGGGGGGAGUGGUGAGGGGGCGCUCUCAGGGAUGGGGGCGGGGUUCGGAGACAGUGUGGGGAGGGGAGGUCUGCAAAUCGUCCAACUCUGGUGCUAAUGGCGGGUCUUCUCAGCCCACCCGCAGGGCAGGGAGGGAGGGGUCGGCGUGGCCCCUUCCCCAAGCCUCCCCCACGCCCACCCUGGGUGCAUGAACCGCCCAAUGCAGAAGCUGCCGCAUGUCACCCCCCUCUCCCCAAAGAAAAAGUGUCAUGCCCCCUUCCCACCCACCCUCACUCCCCACCAAAAUAAACGUUUCCUUUUCAUUUAAAAA